GACUUCCACCUCACACUCAUCCUUGACCUCUCGUUCACUAAUCUCAACACUCUACAAGGCCAUGGCUCAAAAAGCAGCAGCCGUCGCGGUCGAUUUCUCUCGUAUUUACACCUCCCUUGGACUCGGAAAGGAAACCAUUGCUUCAUUACAAGCAUUCCGUAAACGCCACCUCGAGGCGCAGCGAAUUUCCAACGCCGUUUCUACCCAGCCCACCACCGUCGACUUUGCGCACUACCGUUCCGUGUUGAAGAAUAAAGCCAUUGUGGAUGAGGCGGAAAAGCUGUUGAACGAUUUCAAGCCUACCACGUAUGAUGUGAGCGCGCACAUCAAGGCCAUUGAGACGUUUGAGGUCAAGGCUAUCGCCAAGGCACAGGAGACGGAGGAGAAAAUUGAUAUUGAGCUCAAGCAGCUUCAUGAAACUCUUGCCAAUAUCGAGAACGCGCGUCCGUUUGAGCAGCUCACGACUGAGGAUGUUGCCAAGGCCCACCCACGUAUCGUUGAAGUCGUAGAGACGAUGCUCAAGAAGGGUAAAUGGACAGUGCCAGGGUACAAGGAGAAGUUUGGCGACCUGAACGUCAUGUAAUCUUGUUACAAACCCAUAGAAAUUUCGCUUUACAUAUACAUGGCAUUUGGAUAGCA